AUGUCGCCUGAUCACCUUGGACCUCAAAUUAUCAAGUUGCUCAUCUCCCGCGGAAUCAAGAGUACUGCUCUUCAGCAUGCUUUUGAUCUCUUCAAGCGGGAACACGGUCUUUUGCAGAGCUUGGCAGACAAUGCAAACACUCAGCUUGAUAAAGCUGUCGAUGAGAUUGACGGCACAAAGACUGAUGCUGAUCAGGCCGGCGAGCACUUUGCUCAGGGAUUGACCAUGUACCACCAGGCAUUGGGCCCUAUUGGUGCCUUGGUUAGCGCACUUGGUGCCGAUUCCAGCUUUGAGGAGCUUGGAGACUUGCUCAAGGACGCCUUGGACAAGAAGAAGCCCGUCCAGCAACGUAUCGAUGAGGUCCAUCGCAGCGAGACUCGUAUCGAGGAGCUUAGGAAGCAGCUCAAGCAGAAGAUCGAGAGUGUUCUUGCCAUUAGGGGCGCACCUCGCUUUGUUCUUGUGGCUGGCGAUGACGGCCACGAGCAGUUCAUCCUCGACUGGAGCCACGUUCUGCCAGCACCUGUCCAGGCUCAAGUCCAGGGUGUUCUGAGCACUCCGGUUUGGGAUAUCUCCUAUCAGGGAACGACUGUCAAGGUCUUGGUUCGCGUUCGCUUCGUUUACGAGGAUGAGGAGUUCACCGGUCCUUGGUCUGACGCCAGUUCGGUAGUCUACACUAAGAAGCUGGAUGCUCCCAAGGGCGUUAGCAUUAUCACUGGGCAGACCGACCGCCGGACUGUGGCCUUCACUGUCCGCUUCCCCAAGGCCCCAGCCGGUACUUAUGAGGUCGCGGUCACUCCUGCUGAUUAUCAGACCCACAAGCUGGCGGUCCUGCACAAGAAGAUUACGACUUUCACCGAUGGCGAGCUCAUCUUCCCUCUUGAUGUCUGGCAGUUCCACCCCGACGCCAUCAAGUACGGCACUCUGCAAGUCCUUGUUCGCCGUGUUACGGCCGACAAGUCCAAGUACCGUGACUCCACCUGGACUCUGGUCCCCAAUAGCGAGUUUAUUGUCAAGAUCUUUGAGGGCACCAACUCGGUUGUUGCCAGACGCUUUGGAAAGGCCAUUAUCGUGGAGUGGGAGCAGCCUGGACCUGCCUCUGAUGACUUCGAGCUGGUCGAAUUGGAUGCGAAGAAAAAUCCCGCUGCUGUCAGCCAGCAGCUUAUGCAGUCCCCUGAUAACCGUCGGGUCGUGAGAUUGACCAAGCUUCCUGCUCCUUCUGAGGAAGGUACCAUCAGCCUUGCCAUUCGCGCCGUUCCGGCAGAGGCUCCGGCCAUGACAUACUAUCUUCCUGCAAGAUUGCCUGUCAAGCUUACCCCCGAGACUGUCUUCUCCAUCACCGAUGAGAGCUACUACGACAUUGGUGCCAGGUCGACCGUUCUCUAUGUUACCGCUCCCACCCAGCUUACUCAAGCGGCUCAGGAAGUCGUUGUCAGCUUCGCUACCCCCGAGGGCACUCAGGCUCGUCAGGAUGUUCGUGCUCCCCUUGAGCCAAUUGAUGACCAUCGUGCUCGAAUUGUCGUGCCUUUAGCCCUUGGCCCUGGCUUUGGCAACAAGGCCCCUGGAUACAUCACCGUCAAGGCCGUUCACUCCUUUGCUCAGGUGAUUGGCUCUCCCAGCGAUCGCUGGAAGUUCCCUGACCUCAACAGCUCCUUCAGCCUUGUUCCCUUCCAGGUGUCUAUCACUGUCGAUGGCAGCAUUCAGCUUUCCUGGACUCCUGUCCCUGGCACAGAUCGCACCUACCUGUUCACGCUCCUGGACAGCAAGCAAGAGCACAAGAGUUCCACCCUGUCUGCUUCUUUGGCCACUGACACAGCUAUCAAGUUCUCUGCUGACAGUAUCCGAGCUCUCUUGACUUCUGAUGCUACUCAUCUUAUCAUCAGUGUCGUCGUGGCUAUCGCCUCUGUCCGCUCGCAGGCAUCUCUUCUCUACAUUACCCUUCCUAACGCCCAGCAAGACAGACAGAUUGUCUCCAUUCCUUCCCAGCAGGUUUCUUGCCUUACCUGGCGUGUCCUUCCCCAGAGCAACAUCGUUGCUCUCCACCGUCCGACCCAGCGUCACAUGGAGUUCUUUACCUCCAUCCAUGAUCCCGAGGUUGAACAAAUCCAAAUCCGUGGCCUGCUGACUGACCCGCCCAAGACCUACCCCGUUACCGCAGCUGCCGAACCGCCUCUCGCCAAUGGCUCCUCCGCCAUCACUGUCUGCAGCCGUGCUGACAGUGAGGCGCCCUCGGCCAAGUCACCCUUCGAGCUCUUCUACAUCGGUGAUCACGGACGCAUCUACGGCCGUCCUUGGGACACUCAGUUUGAGGACAACAGACUUGUCUGGCGCACCCCCAUCGACUAUCCCUUCCGCGAUGGUAUGGAUUCUACUCUCAACGGUGGCGCCCUGAGCGCUGUCGCUCGCAGCGGUAGUAUCGAGUUGUUCUGGGCUGGACCGGACGGCAAGAUUUGGCGCGCCUUCUGGACCGAGCAGGACGGCUGGCUUCCUUCUGACAAGGUCGAGCAAAUCACCACAGAGGGUGUCGUAGUCUCUGAGGCUGCAGUCUCCGCUGAUGGUGGCUUCCCUGCUGAGGGCAGACCCGCUCUCGAGGCGCUCCAGGUUACUUUCAGGGACGACGCACCAACUGUGCUGUUCUCUGUUGCCGUUGAUGGAUCCGUCUUGUCCUUUGUUGGUCCGCACUACACCCCUGUCCCUGUCGAGGGUGCCAAAGCUUCCUUUACUGGAGGCAUUGCUACCGCUGCCACCAGGGACCAGGACGAGGACCGUGUUGGCGAUGAGGGCGAGCUUGGCCAGUGGACCGUUGUCGAUGUCACCACGGAGAAUGGCGCGCAUGCCAACUCCAAGGUCACCGUUGUGCAAAGCUCUGUCGCCUCCGGAGCCGCUGGACUGAUGGUGAUGUGGGCUACGCCUGAGGGCGAGAUGAGAGCCACUAGAGUCGCUGUUUCUGCUUCGUCUGAAAUCAUGUCUUGGUAUAGCUUUGCUCUUGGCAAGCAGCUGAAGUUUGGCAGUGCUGGACCUCUCCAGGUUGCGGCUGCUGCGGACGUUGGUGGCAAGAGGGCUAUUGCUUGGUGCUCGGAGGAUCAGAGGAUCAGCGAGUUGGAGUUUGACUUUGAGGGAGAGUGGAUUCAGUACUAA